UCCUUUUUUGGUUUUUUCCAGCGCAAUACUGGUUGGUGUAACCGUUAAUUUUAGUAUCUGUUGAUUGUUGAUUGGCUCCUGCAACGUGUUUCAACCGCCUUCCGCGCUCACACCAAAAUCUCAAACUCAAGCAACGCCUGAUAAAUGUCCGCCAUCUUCAAUUUCCAAUCGUUACUCUUAGCGAUAUUACUGUUGAUAUGUACUUGCACUUAUGUGCGUGCCCAAGCACCAUCGUUGAUCGAUCGUAAUAAGACUGGUCCCUUGGGUUUGUUUUGGAAAGCGGCUCGGAUAGGGGAACGGUUAAGCCCAUAUGUAUCAUUAGCCUGUAUCAUUAUGGGAAUCAGCAUUCUUACGCCAUGAAGACUUUUUCUUCUCACAAUGCAAUAAAAAGCAAAGGAAAGCUGCCAAAAGUGACAAAAGCAUUUUAUGAUGGAUUAUAGCAAGUAAGAAGAGUAA